CUCCAUGCCACGACUCGCUCUUUCGUUCCAUCUUGUGAACGGCGCAUCGGUGAAGCAGCACCGCGACAGUGUUUACAGUAGGCCUUCUGGGCUUACAGGUUUUCAUCUUUUUUUUUGACCGUGUUCAACUGCGAAGGGCUUGCACAGGGGCUAACGCUCUGCCUGCAGACUGAGCGGGAUCUCGCGAGAGCGGUGGCGUGGCUGCUUGGCAGUAGGCUUGCAGUAAGACUGAGGGAGAAGGCAGGCAGCAUCAUGGCGGACAGAGACAGUGGAAGUGAGCAGGGAGGAGCAGCCACGGGCCCGGGUGUCGGUUCCAUGCACCCAGUGACAGGAGGGGCGGGCUCGGCUUCCGGGCUGCAGCACGAGACGCAGGAGCUCGCCUCGAAGCGGGUUGACAUCCAGAACAAGCGCUUCUAUCUAGACGUAAAGCAGAACGCGAAAGGCCGCUUCUUGAAGAUAGCAGAAGUCGGGGCCGGGGGAAACAAGAGCCGCCUCACUCUCUCCAUGUCUGUGGCUGUCGAGUUCCGCGACUACCUGGGGGACUUCAUCGAGCACUAUGCCCAGUUAGGGCCGAGCAACCCAGACAUAGCGCAGGACGAGCCACGGCGGGCGCUGAAGAGCGAGUUUCUAGUGCGUGAGAAUCGGAAGUACUACAUGGAUCUGAAGGAGAACCAGAGGGGCCGCUUUCUGAGGAUCCGGCAGACCGUCAACCGGGGGCCCGGCUUGGGAUCAGCGCAAGGCCAGACCAUCGCUCUUCCAGCCCAGGGACUUAUCGAGUUUCGCGACGCGCUCGCCAAACUCAUCGACGACUACGGAGUGGAGGACGAGCCGGCGGAGCUGCCCGAGGGAACCUCGUUAACUGUGGACAACAAGCGCUUUUUCUUUGACGUAGGCUCCAAUAAGUACGGGGUGUUCAUGAGGGUAAGCGAAGUCAAGCCAACCUAUCGCAACUCUAUCACAGUGCCCUACAAAGUGUGGUCGAAAUUCGGCAGCACUUUCUGUAAAUACGCAGACGAAAUGAAAAAGAUUCAAGAGAAACAGCGGGAAAAAAGGGCAUGCGAGCUUCAGCAGCUGCAACCUGAGGAGAUGCACGGAGAUGAAGGAGACGAGGAUUGAUAGAGGAUAGAAACAUGCAAAAAAUAAUCCGAAUAACCUAGAGAGAAAUUAUACGUACUUUGCUGUUAAAAAAAAAUUAUGAGAGAGAUACAUAAAAGAUAAGUAACUUUAACUCCAAGGGAGCACUACCCACAAAAAUACAAACCUCCACAGUCUGACAGUCCACCCAUCGCAGGAUAUCAUCCACUUACCCACCAUUAAUACAGUAAGCGGCUGCUAAACCAAGUAAUAACAUUAUAUAUGAACUGUGUUUCCUACUUGACGACAACAGAAUUGAGUGUUUCUUUUUCCCUUAUUAACCGAGAGCUUUUUUUUUACACGUUCCAAGAUAUUAUAAAAAGUGUUUGCAAUGGAGUUACUGGCGAAAUUACGAGGAAGCGGUUCCUUUACGUGUGAGCUAAUGACUUCAGCACAAAUCAGAUGUUUUAGUUUUUUUAACCAAAAUUUCGAAUCAUCUGAAGAGGUUGUUAUGGUAGCCAUGCCACUAGAUAUUCCAAGCAUCACCUGAGGGCUAGAUAGGAUCCCUGAUGGGAGGAAAAAAAAAAACCUGUUGAUUGACAGAGGUACAGGGGUCAGCAGAGCAAGCGUCCAGAGGCGGUGGACGCCUCCUUCUCAAACAUUCUUAGGAGUAUUACCAGUGUAUUUUUUUUAAUUAAAAGUUCUUGUCAUGCAGAUGAUAUGCUAUGUAUUUGUGUCUCGUUGUCAUGCACAGUGUACUAAAAAACAAAAAGGUACUUAAGUAAGAGCAAUGACAACAAGAGAAUGAGCUCUCGAAAACCUUUUUGUAACGAAACCGGACCCCUCGAUACAAACAUACAAAGAAACGUAUGAAAACGCUCAUGUAGAAAAACAUACAAAGUAUGAUUUUGUGAAUCAGAAACAACCCACGUUUUUAGUGGGGGAUUUGACAAACAAUCUGUUAAAGGGUUUAAAAAGAAAUAUAUAGAAAUAUAUAGAUAUAUAUUAUCAGUCUACCAAUGAGAGGAUGAGUGGCGCCAAGGAAUGCUGUAGUUGCAUGUUAACCUGUACACAGCCACAUUGAGGUGGAUUUCUCAAUGUUCGUCCUCAAGGACUCAUCUCUGUAAUGGUUUCAAUGUCCAUAACGUCAGUAAUGUUUGGUCAGGUAGUUGAAUUAAUACUUAGUUUUUCUUUUAAGAAACGAGUUGUCUGAAAAGUACGUGUACAUACUAAGAUAAUAUAUCGACUCUUUUGACUGUUUGAUCAGACAUCAAUGACAAGUCUUUUGAAACGAAAGCCCUUUUUCCAUGGGGGCCCUUGAGGACCUGUGUUGGGAGACCCUGACUUUAAUGAAACUUGUUGGGGAGCAUACUCUUCAGCAUUAAACAACCUGGUGCCUUACAGAAUCUGCAUGCUUAUACACUGGCUGGUGCUUUGGAUCUAAGUUUGGGUUCUUGUUCAUUUUUCUUUUUUUCCUUUUCUUUUCCCCUUUCUUUUUCUCGUCUGGUUUUGUUUGGCCCUGGCCCUCCCGUAUGCUAUUGCAUAACUCAUGGUCUGUUCGGUCCAAAAGCAAAUCAUUCUGAUCACAACAAGUGACUCAGAAAUCACCUAGGCAUUUUUCCUAACCUUGAUGAAAAUGUAUUAGAUUCUACAUGCCCGACAUACGGAUGUUUAGUGCUUCUAAACAGACUCCUUUGGUGUGAGGUAAACUUCUGUACUGAAGCCUCUCUGUAGUUUGGCAGUAGUGUGUCACUGUCACAGACCAAAAGCUUAGUCGAGGGGUGUGGCCAGGAUUUUUUCCCCCCUUUCCUCGAACUUUUCAGUGUUGCUUCACGUAAAUUGUCAUUAUGGAAACUUUGCUUCACAACAUUUGAUUUAUUUUCUUUCUCUUCCCAAUGCUAUAUUUCAUUACGUUGUGCAAUAUUGAACGUGCCAAUGUUGGCAAUAUAUGUAUAUCAAUUAAAUAUAUGAUUAAUAUUUGAAAAGCAUGUGGCUGAAUUCCACGUUUAUUUCUUUAAAAGGUCUUUAUUUCUUUAAAGCCUUUAUCUGCACUUAAAAAAAGGUCUGUAUCUGGAAAAGAAAAACAUUUUGAUGAACGUUUCACCCAGGUGAAGCGAACACAUAGCAGUUAUCUCCUGUCUGCACUUUUUGUGAACAUUAACAUCAUAAACCCGUUUCAUCUCUUUUCUCCUUGACGUGGGAGGGUUGGGGGUUACUGGAAUGAAACGAUGGGGUGUUAAGGCCUUUGGGUAAGGGGCAAUGAAUAUGUAUCCUUAAUUUCCCUACAAAUACAUACAUGGGAUGAUUCUAAUGAUGAAGGUGUGUGAUGAACUCUUUUCUCUUCAGUGGCACAUUGCUUUCCCAGCUGGAGAAAAAUGUCUGACCAAUGUUUGUUUGAAAAUGAUCUCAACAAGGAAUGCCUUGGUUUUGUUUUUUUCUCCUUUAUCUCUUAACUUAUGUUCCUUCCCUUUGCAAAGAGGUUUUCACCGAAUUACUAAUUCGGCGGUUAUGCGUCAAAUAUAAUUUAUGUACAUUUUACAAAUUAAAAAAUAAAAAGAAAUGUUAAUUUA